AUGUCCGACCAGAAAAGAGUGCCGCGGAAAUGUACGGACCCGGACGCGCUCGUCAACCUGUACCGAGAAAUGAUAGAAGAGUGCGAGCACGAGCACACGCACUGGCAGGCCAUUUCGAACCUGACGCGUACCCGCGGGAUCACCCUCGACAUGAUCCUCAAGUACGGCAUCGACAAACUCGCCGCCCGCAUCGCUCACACGCCAGCACGACACGCCCUUCUCGGACUGAUCGACGGACUCUACCGGAAAGAGGGAAAAGCGGUGCCGGCGAGGCGUGAGGAGGAGCAGGAGGAGCCGAAGAAGAGGAUGCCGUUUUCGGCGAGAUGGAGGCAGGAAAUUCGGCAGAAGCGGGAGGAGGAACGACUGCAGAGGAGCAUGGAUCUGCUGAGCGUCCGCGAGGGAGCCACCGUCGAGCACAUCGAUUGA